UCCGCCUCAGUAGCCCGGAUGGGGAGGGCCGCGGCUCUUUGUCUCUCGUUCCAACGCCCCAUAACGCCUCCUGCUUGGUCAGGUCGGUGGAAUCUCGCCCUUUCAUUGGCUGCGGUGGGGAGUGAGGGCGUCUCUGAUUGGCUAUUAGGAGUCGAACCACAACUGGCUACGAGCGGCCGGCCGCCCCUCAUUCCCCAUUGGCCGCUAGCGAGCGGACCGGAUUGGGACCCGGAAAAGCCCAUUGGUCUCUAGGGCCCGGAGGGGGCGUGGCCUAGGGACGGCGGCCGCGCUGGGCCUAGCUAGUUUGCCGUUCGGUAAAGGUGCCGGGAGCCGGGAGCCGGGAUGGGGAGCGAACAGCUCAGCGCGGCUGGGGCCGGCGCGGCGCCCGAGGGCGGCCCCUUCUUCACCCUGGCGGAGGUGGCGAAGCGCAACUCGGACCGCGAGGCCUGGCUGGUGAUCCACGGGCGCGUGUACGACGUCGGCCGCUUCCUGGGCGAGCAUCCAGGUGGAGAGGAGGUUUUGCUGGAACAGGCUGGUAGGGAUGCCACAGAGAGCUUUGAAGAUGUUGGACACUCCACAGAUGCCAGGGAAAUGCUCAAACAGUACUUCAUAGGAGAGGUUCACCCGUGUGAUCGUAAAAUUGAAGGCUCUAAGGAUCCAAACACGACAUCCUCAAGCCAGUCAAGUUUCUGGUCAACAUGGCUAAUCCCCAUCUUCGGCGCACUGGUCAUAGGCUUAAUGUACCGAUAUUACAUGUUGGAUGGGAAAUCCUCUUGAUCUGGCCUCGCUGGAACCUUGAGAAGCAUGAGAGCACACGCAUGCAAGCAAGAGCUCUGGGGUUUUGGUUUUCUUAAACCUUGUGUAUUUUGUUCUUAGCUUUGAGUCUGUCUAGCAACGGUGGUGACCGCAGAGCCAAGCUAGCGUUAGAGAGUCUGUCCUGACUCUGGGAUCCACUGCCGUGUCUCACAUUCUCCUCAGAGUCUUUGUAUGUGUGUUGGGGUAGGGGGUGAGGUGCAGUGUCCUAAUAUUCCAUUAUAUGUCUAGUCUGUUUCCCUGUCAUAAUUAAUCAUGGGUAAUUUAUAACACCUUUUUGUUAAUCCCAAAAAUGUGGAACAGCUGCUAGCGUGUGAGCCUGUGAAAUGCCUCUGUCUUUCAUGUGAGCAUUGUCAAAGAAACUGCAAGCUUUCUAUGAUCCCUUCCAGCAAGCGUUCUGAGACUGAGCAGAACAGCUUUGCCAGUGCAGCCAGGCAGCAGUAACAGGAGCAGCAGGAAAUUGCUAGCUCUUGUUGUCUCUUCAUGUGUCUGUUUUUAAAUGGUUAAGCAAAUAUAUAUUUUAAAAAUGAUCCAUUUCACUUUGUAAUAUUUGUCUGUCCUGUAAAAUAAGAGCUCACAGCUGUUGUACUUGGGACCCUACCUCCAUAGUAACUGAUAGCUUCUUGGAACAGGUCUCUUCUCUCUCUCCAUGAGCUCUGUACUUGGGGUAAAACAUAUUCCUAUUUAAAACAUGAGGGUGGGCUGGACACCUCCCUCACACAGCCUGGGUUCCUGGGGAGGGCUAGCAGGAAGAGUAGCAGUUAGAACUCCUUGCUUGGGAUUGGUGUAUGAUGUUCUUGUUUUCUGUUAGGACUGGAGUGUGGGUGUUCCUGUUUUCCUGAGACUGUUCCAGAUGCUACCCUUUUGCUGCCAGCCCCAAACAGGGAAGAGAGGAAGCACAAACCAUGCUUUAUGCAUCAUAAAGCAUGAUCUUUCCUAUCUCUUCCAGUAGUGUAGUCCUGUGACUCUACAAUCUGUGGUAACUGCAGUGUGGAAUACAACACAACACAACACCAGAUAGAAAAGAGGAAUUCUGGUUCUUACUAUCCCUCUGUGAUUCUAUUGCUCUGAGACUCUUUCCCAAUUGGGGGCAUCUUAGCAAUGAGGAGAGCACCGUAGCAGAGCUUGUCAUUGGAUAGUAGAUAAGGAAUGCCCUCCUUUCUUUAUUGCUUCUCUUUUUACUACAUCCCUCUGUCCUGUAUAUGAGAACACUAUCUGGAAGGGGGGGAUGUUGUUUUAGCUGCUUGUUAUUCCCCACUCCAGGCAGCCAGUGUGCUCCCCAAAUUUACUGUUUAGUUGUCUUUGAACUCUGGGAAUUGCAAGCUAGGUUUUUUCAAUGUAAAAGGCCAUGAAGUCUCCCUUAAUGGGAAAGAAUGACUAUUGAAAUGAAAUGAAAUGGACUUAACUCCCCUCCAACAUGCGGGAUCCUGUCACUCCCACCACCAUGUCACUCGCGUGGCUUAGCACUAAUUAGCAGGCUUUUGGAGCUGCUGCCUUGGAGUCCUCUUCCAUAUCGGGAUUCCUUAGAACAGAAUUAUUAAAAGGCCCUUCUCUUUGGUGCAGGACUCCCUUCCCCUGCUCUGGAUUAUGUUCUGUCUUCUAUUGUGAACUGCGGGAGGUAGAAAGCUGCUAUCUGUAGUGUGGGGAACCUUGGGGUUACUGUGUGGUGCUGAGAAUUCCUAAAACAGUUUUUAGCCAUUCCAUCCAUUACAAGCUGUCCUUGGUCUGCUGCUACAAGGGAAGGGACUGAACCCAAGGUUAACUUUUUAACAGUUUAUCAGCCUGAUUACUGUGUGUAUGUGUCUUGGGUCCAGUUGUAAGAGGGGCAUAAAUGUGAGCCAAGCAAAAUCCUUUGGGAAAGAUCUUGCAAAUAUCUGAUUUUUAAAAUAUUUAAAAAGGAUAUAUGGGAUGACCUAGCUAAUUAUAGACCUGUAAGCCUGACAUCAAUCCUAGGCAAAAAAAAUGGAACGUCUGAUACAGGACUUAAUUUAAUAAAGAAUUUAACUCGUUGUGAAUUAAGCAUAUGUACAAUCUAUUUCAUCCUUAUGAGAGAACUAAAUAUCCAUCAUAUAGAAAUCACCCCCCCCAGCACUAAAUUUAUUGUCUUAGGCAGUGAGAGCCAUAUUUUGAUAUCUGUGGAAACUGUCACAUUUCAGCUAGCAGUGUCCACUGUGGGCUCUUGCUUGUCUGUUUCCACUGAUGAUAGACUGUGGUGCAGUCCACAGUUUGAAAUCAGUCAGCAAAUAUCUGGGGUGCAGUUAGCUGUGGAAGCAUAGUGCUCUGUAAGAGAGCUGUGAAUCUAGCCUCGAGUUCUUCCAAACAAAGGGGAUACUUUUGUGAGUGACUUGUUUACUUCUGAAGUAGGGGCUUGUUUUCAAGUCUGUAUUGCUACUUUACUGGGUUUAGUUUUCACAAGGAGGAAGGCCUAAUAGGCAUCUAAUAUCUGUCUCUGGGUUUCCUCUAGCAGGAUCAUAUUGUAUAUGUAUUUGAAAGGAGAGCUAUAACAGUUGUUUAGUCUGAGUGCAGUGAAUGUGUUUGACAGACACUUGCACUGAUUCCUGGAACAGUGUUUUGCCACUGAUACUGUAAAAUGGCAGCACGUAGUUGCAUCUGAUUCCUGGGUAAGGAUGGCAUGUUCAAUCACCUCCUGCUGCUGGAGAGCUGGCCACGAACACAAUUGGAAGUUUGCUGACUGUGCUGUAGGACCAAAAAUUCAUCAGAUGAGCAGCCAUGAUAGGCUGGUUGUACUGUCUAAGACUGAAAUAGGAUGAUGCUACUUGUCCAGAUGGAAGCACACCUGUGGAAUUGAGCUAGGCGCAUACCUAACUGGUACCAGCAUUGACGUGACUGACCAUGCAAUCAGUCCAUAAGUUUCCCAAAACUUGUACACAUCCUUUAAUUUUUUUUUU